AUGAAACGACCUCCAUCCAUCUCUGAUCGAAGCCGUUUCUCCACCCGUCCCCCUCUCGCCGCGCCGCUUUGUGGCAGUCCCGUAGAAUCUGACCGGGAUGACUUAUCUGUGGCAGGGGUGCAGCCUUUUAUAGAGGAGAAAGAGCUGGAGGUUUUGGAGAAAAGACAUUCAGAUCUUUGGUUAAACGAAAAACGGGCAAACAAUCUAGAAGACAAUGUGAUUGAGUUUGAUGAAGAUUUGGCCUCAGAUCCAUUAGAUUCAGAAUAUAUCGUGCUGAACCGCAGAUGGCUGAAGGAUGUGGAGAAGUUCCUCACAUUUCGGACCACCUCACAGCUGGAAUCAUUCCAAAACCAUAUUCUGAUAAUCUCCAGCCGCUGGAAUCGAGACCGAGUGUGCUAG